AUGGCCCAGAUGCUGAUGGUCCUGCAGGCCGUCCAGUUCGCCGAACCCGGCCAGGUAACCCACCCGGCCGACGCCUUGGAUGAGAUGCGGGAGCGGUUCUUAAUGUUCGGGGUACGCGCUCCGUUCGGCUGGAUUACACGGCUGCGGGAGUACGGGAAGAAAAUCCAGACCAGUACGACGAUCAUGGGCUAUAUCAAUUGA